GGAUAGCGCCCUUAAAUUUGAAAUCUUGCAGACUAAAAUUCGAAAAGCAAAAAGAAAGCAGAAAGAAGCGAAGGACAGCCCAGAUAAACCCCUCCUCUCCAUUUCAGACCAAAAUCCCAAAUCCCCACGCCUCGCGAAUUCGAAUCGCUAUCAUCAUUUCUAGGGUUUCAAUUCGAGCCCAGAUUGAUUACCAGUACCCGCGCUCUGAUCCUUCAAUCAAACCCUAAAACAAAUCUGAAUUUUUUGCAUUUCCUAGGGGUUUCGCCAGUCUAGGAUUUUCUAAGAUCGAGCAACCAAGAAAGGAUGGAUCUUCCGCAAAAAAUCGACGAUUAUAUCAAAGAAUCGAUCGAUCACUCCUUGGGCCUCCCUGUGUCCACGCACACGCUCGAAUUGAAGCUUCGAUGCUCGGAAGAAUCGAAGCAGCGGCUUCAGAACCAGUACUCUGUUCUACUCGCAAAAAUGAAGGAGAAAGAUCAAGUCCUCGAGCGCGCUAGGGCUGAAGCGAGCAUGAAUGCACAAGCUUUGAGGAAGUUCGUUGAGGAGAAUCAGAGAUUGGCGUCAGAGUGCGCGCAUCUAGUGACUCAGUGCAACAAAUGGGAGAGAGAGUGCUCACUCUACGAUCACGACCGGGAGGCUUUGAUGGAUUUUGGGAACGAGGCUGACCAGCGUGCCAAGGAGGCGGAGAUUCGUGUUCAAGAGUUGGAGGACGAAGUCAAAGAGUUAAGGGAUGAAUUGGGAUUCUACAAGCACAAAUUAGAGAUGCAUUCGGUUGAUUCAUCUUCUGAUGACACAACCAUUGGAGAGAAACUACUGGAGUCUGUUUUAGCAACAUUCAUCAGUAAAGAUGAAGCUGUGUCUGCACCUGCAUUUCUGGAGGCCAAUAGUGGAAAUGAGUCAUGUCAAAUGUUGCUAAAAAUGUGGAACCGCUUGAGGCCAUCGACUCAAAAAGUUCUGUCACUGGUGGCCAAGGUAAAGACACUUGAGAAGGAUAAGGAACAUCUAACGAUGAAUCUUUGUACCGCUGAAGAAGAGGUCAAAUUGCUUUUUGAAGAGAACAAAGUGCUAGAUGUGGAGAACAAAAGAUUACUGAGGCAGUACCACAAGGAAAGAAACCAGUCUGGUUCAGGCGGUAAACAUAACGACAGUGCAUCAGCAAAGUCGAAUAAGCGAAAAUCAAGCUCAAAGAUGAGCAGCCCGAUUCAAGCGAAGAUUGAUUUCAGUGACCAAGAACCAGCAAGACAGCCCCUUUCACCCUUGCGUUGUAACUCCCCUAACUCUAGAAACCAUAAGAAGUAAAAGAAAUUUUUUCCAACAGUCUGAUUUGUACCUUUUGUGUAUUGAGGAUAGCAUAUGACUUGAGAUUACAGAAUUUGGAAUGACUAACAAGUUUUUUUUUGGGUAAGAAUCAUUUGCUAAGUCUUUUUAGUGAAUGGAUGGGCAUUGUUCCGUCCUUUUCUUUUCACUUCUUAUAUUGUCUGUGGUUUUUCUUCUUUUAAAUUCUUAGAAAGACGACAACGCAUAGGAGGCAGUCUUUUGAAGGAACAUAUUUCACAUAAAUAUUUUUAAGAUCAUCUGAAAUUUGACUUUGAAAGGCAUGUAUGAUAUUUGAUCACGAAAGCAGCAGCGACAUGUGCAUGAUGAUAAACAGACAAAUAAUUUGAAUUUUUUUUUUGGGUCAACCAUGAAUUAGAUACCAAGCCAAAAGCAGUAUAUGAGACAAACUACAAAAGCACCUUCAUCUGAAUCGCUACAAUCCAGCAAAAGAAGGAAAACUCCUACUCUGAAAAAACAAAAAUUAAGCAGAGCCUGGAAGACCAUCAGACACCAAAACAUGAAUGAGAGACAGCGGUGGUUGAGUAACCCAGCUUUCCAGCUCCACUGCUCGGCAACCUAUCGCUGCAGCCUCAUGAGCUGCUCGAUUUGUACUCCUCUGAAUCCAACGCCAAAAAACUCUUCUGAACUGAUCAGCUCUGUGCCAGAUAACCUCAAUAAAAGGCCUGAUAGUCCAGGCACGGUUCCUUAUAUCCCCCUUGAUCCCGUCCACAAGGGUCUUUGAGUCAGUUUCCACAUAUACAUCACUGUAGCCAAGAUUGGCCGCAAACUCCAGCCCCAUGACUGCUGCUUCAGCCUCCACCACAAGAGCAGAGUGACCCACCCGUGAUGCAGCCAAGCCGCCUAGAAACUCCCCAGCUGAAUUUCGAAUUGCCACUCCUCAAGAGCAGAGUGACCCACCCGUGAUGCAACCAACCAAUCAAAUACUUUACAUGAUAUUCUGCUACGGUACGCGAUGGAAAUUCAGUACUGCAUCACGUGUGUAGUAGCUUAACCAGUGCUGACUUGGCACCGACACAGCUUCAGGGGAAUCCAAUGGAUAACUCGAAUCACCCAGAUGGAAGUCUUCUCCAUAGACACUGAGUUCGCACUCAAUCUCUUCAUAACCUAGUGGCAAAUCCGGAUUUCCAUGGACUGCAAACACAACACACGUCGCAAUUCCCAUCCACUCAUCACUUAACCAACCUAGCCUUCUAUAAAGCCUUGUACCCUUCUAUUGUUGAAUAAAUAAAAUCACUCCAUUGUUCUUCUA